AUGUUCAAAUCCCACAUCCCGAUGUUCAAAUUACGCAGGUAUGUCGACGUACACCCUGGCAGGUUGAUGCGACUGGCCAUGAGUGCCAUCUCCUGGACAUGGAUGAUUGUGUUCAUACUUCUCAUCAAUGACUACUACGCACAGCUGGACAAGACCCAACACUUAUUUGAGGAUCGACUGAGUCUGUCGUGGGCGUUUGUGAUAGUGUGGCACAUGGCUGCGGUGUGGUUUGUGGUGAUCUUCAUCUACAGGGCUCACGUCGAUAAUUUCUUCCGAGUGCGGCAAGUGUUUAUUAUUCUACUG